CACUCUCCCGCGAAAUAUUCUCAAGCCAUCCCGCCCGGCUGCUUCCUGUUCCUGUACGGACAGUCGAACGGGUCAAAAGUGUUAAACGCGAGCGCGAAAUCCACCUUUUCCAUUGUGAUCGCCUCAAAACUCCCUCCACCUUGACCAGAUCUCCUCUGCCCAAGACCUCGAGGGUCAAACAGGCCUCAACAGGCAGGCUCUUCCUCAAGUCUUUCUUGUCGAUCGAGGCUCAAACCUUGGCGUCUGCGGCGAGAGGGAUUUGAAAGAGCACAAGAACGUGUUUGAAGCAUUACCUCAUGUGUUGUCGAGGAAUGUACUUCCAAGAGGUGAACUCAUUCCUUCUGCACCAUCUGUGUCAUGCGGCACAUAAGCGCUGAGCUGUCCUGGCUGGAUUCUGGAUACUACCGCCGCGUUGGAUGUGUUCUUGGAUGACACAGCUUCGUCACAAAGACAUCUGCUCAGGUGCCAAAGGAAUUCUCAUCCACACGUAGCUUCAUUUCAGCAGCUUCACAUUAGCGAGCCGCCGUUGCACUCACUGCGAAAGACUUGAAAACUGGUUCCCUCGUGAUGCAUGAAGGUCCGGUAGCUGCACUGCCUGUUCAGCAGCAGCCCAGCAGGCAUAUUUACCCCCAGGCUGUGGGUGACCUGCAAGGUCAAGUUCCCUUCCUGUCUCAAAGCUCCAGCGGCAAACUGAGAACCAUGUCUGAACCUGCCCCUGUGCUGUGCUGUGCUCCCGAUCCUGCGGACGGUCAUGCUCAAGGAUGGAUGGAGCUGAAGACGAACAUCGCCUCCCCCUGUAAUGACUCACAGCGGAGCGGACACUGUGAGCUUAGCCAGAGCUCAGACGUGGCUCCUGGAACAGGUCUGGACUUGGAGGUGUCAGACGUGGACAGUGGGGCUGCAGAGGAUUUGAAAAACUGUGGAGACAUAUCAACUCAGCAGCAAGAAGCGAGCCCUGUAGAGACCUCCUUACCUGAUCCUGCCUCCUCAUCACCAGCCCCAGAUAAGAAGAAUCACAAACAUCUUCAACCAUCUGUGAAUGAUUCAGAAGAGUGUUCAGUUGACCUGCUCAGGAUAGUGAAGCACAAGCCGAGUGCCAUUGUGUUUCGUGACCAUAAAUGUGGCUCUGACAAGCAGGCGAUCGUCGCCAACGACAGCUCCAACAGCGGGGACUCCUCCUCAUCUAACACCGAAGAGGCAGAGGGCGACGAUGGCGAUGAGGAGGACGACUUUCCCGAUGCCCUGCAGUAUAAGGAAUUCCUGGUCAGCCGCCGGCGCAGACACUUGAGCAGGAACAGGAAGUGCUCGAGGAAGAGACAAGAUGCCCAGCCUAAUGGCACCGCAGUGAGGCCCGACAGCGAGAGCAAACCUAAGUUCACAGGUAGCCAGGAGGAACAGGAAAUACCGCGGAACAAUGCAGCACAGGUUGCAGCGUGUGACUCCAUGAACAUGCUGAUGAAAAAGUUGGAUCACCUAGAAGCCCAAAGCGCUAAUUCCUCUUACAGAGACGAGGCGGAUGCCGACGAGGAGCAACAGAGCACCGUGGGUGCUCCGGCUGUGGGCACGACGGCGAGCCGAGCGCUGAGUCAGGAUCAGGGAACCUCCAGAGCUCCAGACAAACACGAGCCACUGACAAGGCGCCCCUCGCGACCUUUGACCCGCAGCAGACCGCUGACCCGCUCGUCACUCUCGUCCCCUACACAUCUCCACGCUCGACGGGUCAGGGCUGUUCCCAGGAUGACGAGUGGAUCAGCAGAGAUCGAGGCUAAGGAGGCUUGUGAUUGGCUCAGAGCGGCAGGAUUUCCACAGUACGCCCAGCUUUAUGAAGAUUCCCAGUUUCCAAUUGACAUUUCCUCAGUGAAAAGGGACCACGACUUUCUGGACCGGGACCUGGUGGAGCCUCUGUGUCGACGUCUAAACACUCUGAACAAAUGUGCCUCCAUGAAGCUGGAUGUCAGCCAGCCCAAGAAGAAAGGUGACGACUCUGAUGAAGACGACCCGUUGGCCAUCAGUAAAAGAUGGACGUUCGAGUGGAGCAGCCGACGCUGGUCUCGCCUGCAAGACUUCCUGUUGGACAGCACCAAUGACAGCAGCCCGACGGGUCAGGGGGAGGGUCUGCGCAGCACGGUGAGCAGCGAGAGCGUGCUGACAGACCUGAGUGAGCAGGAGAUCACGGAAAUCUCCUCGCUGCACAGCGAGGACUCCGCCUCAGCCAUGCCGGACUCAAUUUCCAUGGCCUCUCUCUCCGCUUCCUAUCAGCCGCCCAGGGAACUCCCACACUACAACUCUCUGCCAAUCAAGAGCAGCCGCCACGGGCAAGGAGGGCGGAGUAAAGCCAAAGAGUUUCUGCGUCGCAUGGAAUUAAUGCGCACCUGGGGGCCGUCCACGAGGCGGAAAAGCUCAAACCGCAGGCCCCCGCUGGUCAUCAGUGGGCCGGUGUUACAGGGCGAGGAGCCUCAGGCGCUGCAGGUGCUCCAGUGCACUCCUAUUAGCCAAUUAGAACACAGCCCGAAAUUCAAUCACCAACCUGAUGGUGACACUUCCUCUGUCUCUCUUACCAACGAUUGUAAAGACCCGUCCGCCAUGAGUGUGAGCCCCAUCAAUGAGACCGCGGUGCCCGUUGUGAAGGAACCAGUGUGCACCAAACCUCGCACUGCCAGCAAGAGAAGCAGCUUGUAUCUGGAGGAUAUGGUGCUGCCCUCUCAGGGUAAGAGGACUGAAGGACAGAGCCAGUUUGGCAGAAACCAGUUCCGCUCAUAUGAAAACCUCCUCGUUCACAUCCCCAAAGACCACAAACCAGGCACCUUUCCGAAAGCUCUAUCCAUAGAGAGCCUGGCUCCUUCCCCCGAUGACAGGAACAAUGGCCCCCAAACGUCUCCUCCCAAAAGCGGCCUGGGCCAGCCCUGGUCCGGUAAACCUCUGUCCAAGCCCCCCUGUCCCGGAGCUCCUCGGGGCAGCAGGGUGAGUGUUUACGACAACGUGCCGGGCUCCCACCUUUACGCUAGCACAGGAGACCUGCUGGACUUAGAGAAAGAGGACAACCUGUUCCCUCACCUAGACGACAUCAUCCAGCAUGUCAGCGGCUUGCAGCAAAUAGUGGACCACUGGAGCCGCAGCGUGCUGCCCGAGGGCGAGACAGGGGAGGGGGAGGAGGAAGGGGAGGGCAGGACCACCCCCAGUGAAGGCGAGAGAGAUGGGGUCUCCUUGAACGACACGGAUUCGACAGGGACCAGUCGGGAGAGGCGCGACUCUGGAGUCGGGGCAUCGCUGACAAGACCACGUCUACGAUGGCCCAGUUUCAGAACCUCGGAUCAUCUCAAUCAACCAGCAUCUUCACUGCAGAUCAGCAGCCAAUCAGCAGGCCAGCUCAGCCUGCUGCAGAAGUUCUCUUUGCUCCGCCUCACCGCCAUCAUGGAGAAAUACUCCAUGUCCAAUAAACAUGGCUGGACAUGGUCUGUGCCCAAGUUUAUGAAGCGCAUGAAGGUGCCGGACUACAAAGAGAAGAGUGUGUUUGGUGUUCCCCUCAUCAUUCAUGUCCAGCGCUGUGGUUUUCCGCUCCCUCUGUGUUUACAGCAGGCCCUCAGUCACCUCAGAACACACUGUCUGGACCAGGUGGGAUUGUUCCGCAAGUCCGGCGUGAAGUCUCGUAUCCAGGCUCUGAGGCAGCAGUGUGAGCUGUCCCCCGACUCCGUGAGCUAUGAGGACCAGUCGGCGUACGACGUGGCCGACAUGGUCAAGCAGUUCUUCAGAGACCUGCCAGAGCCUCUGCUCACGAGCAAGCUAGGGGAGACUUUCCUGCAUAUUUACCAGUAUGUCCCAAAGGAGCAGAGGUUGCAAGCCGUCAGAGCGGCCAUUCUGUUGAUGCCCGACGAGAACAGGGAGGUGCUGCAGACGUUGCUCUACUUCCUGCGCGAUGUCACUUCCUUGGUGGAGGAGAACCAGAUGACGCCGAUGAACCUGGCUGUUUGCCUCGGGCCUUCGCUGUUCCACCUCAGCAUACUGAAGAACGAGACGCUGUCGCCGAGGUCUAUCCAGAGGAAGUACACCACGGGCCGGCCCGAUCAGAAGGACCUGAACGAGAACCUGGCCGCCACCCAGGGCCUGUCACACAUGAUCACUGAGUGCCAGCAUCUCUUUCAGAUCCCGGAGGAGAUGGUGACCCAGUCCCGCAACUCCUACAUGGAGGCCGAGCUGAUGGUGCCGCCGCUGGACGAGCUGUGCAAGGCUCACGAGGAGGAAGUGGAGGACGACGAGGUAGAGGACGAUGAGGAAGGAUCCUAUCACGCACAUCUAGAAGGGCUGGUCCAGAGCCUGCUGGAAGAAGCCCGAGAUAAGAGCAAAGGCUGGGUGUCGCGCUCGGCUACUGACCAUACAGAACUGGCAUGUAAAAAGGUGGGUGAUGGUAACCCUCUGAGGCGGUGGCGGGUGUGCGUCGAGGUGUCGGCAAAUCCCAGCGAGGUGCUGCAGCGGCUGCUGAGAGAGCGCCCCCUGUGGCAGACCGAGCUGCAGAGGGAGAAGGUUCUGGAGACGCUGGACAAACAGACAGACGUGUACCAGUACUCCUGCCGCAACAUGUCGCCUCAACCCAGCUGUGACUAUGUGGUACUAAGAUCGUGGCGCACAGACCUGUGCAGAGGCUCCUGCGCGCUGGUGUGUGUGUCCGUUGAACAUGAAGACAGCCCCCGCAUGGGAGCAGUGAGGGGGGUGGUGCUGGAGUCCCAGUACCUCCUCGAGCCCUGUGGGACUGGGAGGACCAGACUCACACACAUCUCCAGAGUGGACCUCAGGGGAAGGUCUCCAGAAUGGUACAACAAGGCGUUUGGUCACCUGUGUGUUAACGAAGCGCAGAUGAUCCGCUCCUCUUUUCUCCCUCCGGAUCAGACGGACACCGAAGCCAAGAUCUAACCCCCCAGGAGUUGAGCUCAAUCUCGGGUCACACUUCUAGAGCAGCUGGGGCCGGGAGGGGCCUCAUCCAGGCUGUGGACACUGGUGUCUUUGCAGGCCGCUGAGCCAUAUUGAGCCCCACUGUACCAAACUGUACUGAGUUACUGUCAUUCACACACACAGAAGAAAAGGAAGGAGUGCUUUUAGUGAUGUGUUCACGUAAUCCUGCCUCCUUAACAUAUCACUCGUGAUUUUUCUCAUGAAUUAUGAUUUUCCGAGCACAUUUUCCAAACAUGAAAUUGGAUUUUCUUUGCAGAGCCACUGACGUUUGAUAAAAUGUAAGUGACUCAGAACAACAUGCAUCCUGCGAAGGAUGAGUUUGCAUGGACUAAAAGCAUUGUCAGUAUUCAUUGUUCUCAGCGAUUCUUCCAAAUUUUCAUCCACUAAUCCAAUAUCUGGCAAAAAUAAAAAAGAUGAGCUAAUAAGGCCGCCAGCGUGAGCCGGUUUAAUCAUGAGAUGGUUGCCAUAGUAUCAGGGUUAAUGUUUAAUCUGCAGCACCAUAAUGUGGUAUCACUGUAAUAGUCAUCUUGAUAGAGCACCUACCUGAAGCUUACACGUAAUCAAUCCGUGACUUUGUUGUACAUACAAUCCAAAAUGGCAUAAAAUGUAGAAUACUUGUAUCUGUAUUGAUCAAUUUGGUAAAUGUAUCCAAUCUAACUCUGUAAAAGGUCACAUGGCCUCUCAGCGGAACUGUGGCAAUGAACAGCAAAACAAAUGAGAGUCAGAACUCAACACUGAAACUAUUUGAAUUUGUAAAUUCAGCUGUCAUUAGAAAAAAAAAAAACAGCAAUGACUGUUUUUUAUGGAGGCCAAACAUUUACCCUUUAAUACUAAAAUACAAUUUCCUCUGUAAUUUGUUUUUAAUUCAGCAAUGUCAUGGCAUCAGCCUCGCAGUGGCUGUUUAUUGAAUUAAAAAAAAAAAAUCAGUCAUAAUUCAUGUAGAAUCUGAGUUGCUGUCGACGUCAUAGAUCGGACUGCACAGUGACACCAGAAGUGCUUCACAGUGAUCAGUAUUUAAUGUUCUUACUAAGCUCUUAACUACUUAAACUCUGGUUUAAGACUGCUUGUGAUCGUGGACGGUUAAAUCUAAAUUCAAUCCAGUAUAACUCCUCCAUAAAUUUUGAACCAUCAAUCGUCAUAUAAAUUCACCUGAUCUAGGAUCCACUUCAAAUUGUACUCACUCAUAGAUACUAGCUACCUAAAUACACCUGAUUUUAUCAUCAGGAUCCAUGCAUAUUACCUGAGGAAUUAUUGGAAUUGUGGAAAAAUGGCUUGACUCAUAAUUGGGGAGGAUAGUGAGAGAAAAAUCAGAAUACACAGCUUAAGUUAAUGGGAUCGAUCCUGGGCCAAGACCCAGCCUCCAUCUGAGUUUCUCAGAAAUCCGUUAAUUUAACAAAUGGACGGGGAUGAAAAUAUAACCUCCUGGUGGAGCUGAUUCAUUUGUUCGUAUAUAAACUAAUGCAAAAUUCUAUAAAGCAGUUAACAUGUCACAUUAUUAAAAUGCACUUACGAUCGAGUCUUCUCCAGGGAAAAAUGCAUAAAUCCCAGUGCUCCCUGUCAGUAGGAAUGACCAGGACCAGUACAAUAUGGGUACAUGUCAGCAUCACAUCGUGAAGGGUGCAGUAGUUCAGGAAAGAAAACACAGUACAUGAGGGAUCCGGGUCCAUAAAUGUGUUGUUACGGAUACAUUGUGUUGGACAUCACUGGUGAUUUAGUUCUCUGUCACUAUUUUCAGUGUUAAACUUAUCUAAAUGUUAUUUUAAAGUUAUAAUUAUUGUCAUUUUAAUGAUGUAUAUGGUAUCACUUUUUUCUUCUUUUUUAUUUUGGCUGUCAUGUUAUACAAUGUCUAAGACAUGUGACCAUUUCACUGCUUCUGGGAAGCAUGUUUGAGUGCGUGUGUGUGAGUGUGUGUGUGCAUGGAUGUGCCCGUGUUAUCUGCAUUUUAAGAUAUGGGUCCAGCCUUGUAUUGUAAAUAUAUACAGUAUGACGCUUUCUGUGCCAGCAGAUCAAACAUCGUAGCUUUUCAGGGUCUUCCUAUCAUAUUGAUAUGCUGAAAUGUGAACCUUCCACACGCCAUACUACUAAAGCAAUACUAGACUAGAGCUUGCUCUGCCGUGGCACUGCCUUGGCUCUUGUUUUCUUUUUCUUUUUCUUUUUUUUUUGUAUUCGUUUCCGGCUGUAGGCAGCGUUGCUAUGGUGUUGCUAUGAUACAAUAUCCCUACUGUGCCACCGAAAUCCUGCGUGGAGGAUGCUUGCUUGGGAGUAGUGUGGCAUGUGUGUGUGUGUGUGUGUGUGUGUGUAAAUAUGCGUGUAUGAGUGAGACAGAAAGAAAGGAAAGGAGUGAGUGAGUGACUCUGACGUGAGCCCAUCGACUGUUUGGGGAGAGGCUCCAAACCUAGCCAAGUAGCUGAGACGAGGUCUGCGUGGUUUGUUUUCUGACAAAGCGGCAGGAAAAAAAACAAAAAAACGAAGAGUUGUUUCUAAACAGGAAAAUAAAAAAAAUCUAUAAAAUCGAA